ACCACAGGACAAACAGGACUGUCUUCUGGCCAGUUGCUAAAGGGGUGGGAGGGAGGAGUCCUCAGGGAUCUUGUUUCAACAAACGUUUCUUUCCCGAGGAGGGAAAGGCGGGGGGAAAGAGGGAGAGGGACCUAUUUAAAGCUACCCUGUUGCUUCGUCUGUCUCUGUCUGUCUGCCAGCCGGCCAGUGUGGGCUUGGAAGCCUCCUGGUGACUUCUCCAGCCUUGGUCCCCUCAACCACUCUGCCCCAAGAUGGGCCGUGGGGCCGGCCGUGAGUACUCACCUGCUGCCACCACCGCAGAGAAUGGGGGCGGCAAGAAGAAGCAGAAAGAGAAGGAGCUGGAUGAGCUGAAGAAGGAGGUGGCCAUGGAUGACCAUAAGCUGUCCCUGGAUGAGCUGGGCCGCAAGUACCAAGUGGACCUGUCCAAGGGCCUCACCAACCAGCGGGCCCAGGACAUCCUGGCUCGAGAUGGACCCAAUGCCCUCACUCCACCCCCUACCACCCCCGAGUGGGUCAAGUUCUGUCGCCAGCUUUUUGGGGGCUUCUCCAUCCUGCUGUGGAUCGGGGCCAUCCUCUGCUUCCUGGCCUUCGGCAUCCAGGCUGCCAUGGAGGAUGAGCCAUCCAAUGACAAUCUCUAUCUGGGUGUAGUGCUGGCAGCUGUGGUCAUCGUCACCGGCUGCUUCUCCUACUACCAGGAGGCCAAGAGCUCCAAGAUCAUGGAUUCCUUCAAGAACAUGGUGCCUCAGCAAGCCCUCGUGGUGCGGGAGGGAGAGAAGAUACAGAUCAAUGCAGAGGAGGUAGUGGUGGGAGACCUGGUAGAAGUGAAGGGUGGAGACCGCGUCCCUGCUGACCUCCGUAUCAUCUCUUCUCACGGAUGUAAGGUGGAUAACUCAUCCCUCACAGGCGAGUCAGAGCCCCAGACCCGCUCCCCGGAGUUCACGCAUGAGAACCCUCUGGAGACCCGCAAUAUCUGUUUCUUCUCUACUAACUGUAAGCCGCAGGGUACUCAACCUGGUGUCCCCUCCUGUGUUACAGGCACUGCCAGGGGCAUCGUGAUUGCCACAGGUGACCGGACAGUGAUGGGUCGCAUAGCCACUCUGGCCUCAGGCCUAGAGGUUGGGCGGACGCCUAUAGCUAUGGAGAUCGAACACUUCAUCCAGCUGAUCACAGGGGUGGCCGUGUUCCUGGGAGUCUCCUUCUUCGUACUCUCCCUCAUCCUGGGCUACAGUUGGCUGGAAGCAGUCAUCUUCCUUAUCGGCAUCAUUGUGGCCAAUGUGCCUGAAGGGCUGCUGGCCACUGUCACUGUGUGUCUGACCCUGACAGCCAAGCGCAUGGCGCGAAAGAACUGCCUGGUGAAGAACCUUGAGGCGGUGGAGACGCUGGGCUCCACCUCCACCAUCUGCUCUGACAAGACAGGCACCCUUACCCAGAAUCGUAUGACUGUCGCCCACAUGUGGUUUGAUAACCAGAUCCAUGAGGCUGACACCACAGAAGACCAGUCUGGGGCCACUUUUGACAAACGAUCCCCCACAUGGACAGCUCUGUCUCGGAUUGCCGGUCUUUGCAACCGUGCUGUCUUCAAGGCCGGACAGGAGAACAUCUCUGUAUCUAAGCGGGACACAGCUGGUGAUGCCUCUGAGUCAGCUCUGCUCAAGUGCAUUGAGCUGUCCUGUGGCUCAGUGAAGAAGAUGAGGGAGAGGAACCCCAAGGUGGCAGAGAUUCCUUUCAACUCCACCAACAAAUACCAGCUGUCCAUCCAUGAAAGAGAAGACAGCCCCCAGAGCCAUGUGCUCGUGAUGAAGGGGGCCCCAGAGCGCAUCCUGGACCGGUGCUCCACUAUCCUGGUGCAGGGCAAGGAGAUCCCACUGGACAAGGAAAUGCAAGACGCCUUCCAAAAUGCCUACAUGGAGCUGGGAGGAUUGGGGGAGCGUGUCCUGGGGUUCUGUCACCUGAAUCUGCCAUCUGGAAAGUUUCCUCGGGGCUUCAAAUUCGACACAGAUGAGCUGAACUUUCCCACGGAGAAGCUCUGCUUUGUGGGGCUCAUGUCUAUGAUUGACCCUCCCCGGGCUGCAGUGCCGGAUGCUGUGGGCAAAUGCCGGAGCGCAGGCAUCAAGGUGAUCAUGGUGACUGGGGAUCAUCCUAUCACAGCCAAGGCCAUUGCCAAAGGCGUGGGCAUUAUAUCCGAGGGCAACGAGACUGUGGAAGACAUUGCAGCCCGGCUCAACAUUCCUGUGACUCAAGUCAACCCCAGAGAAGCCAAGGCGUGUGUGGUGCACGGCUCUGACCUGAAGGACAUGACUGCAGAGCAGCUCGACGAGAUCCUCAAGAACCACACGGAGAUUGUGUUCGCUCGGACCUCCCCUCAGCAGAAGCUCAUCAUCGUGGAGGGAUGUCAGAGGCAGGGUGCCAUCGUGGCAGUGACGGGUGAUGGAGUGAAUGAUUCCCCUGCGCUGAAGAAGGCUGACAUUGGCAUUGCCAUGGGCAUCUCUGGCUCUGAUGUCUCUAAGCAGGCGGCCGACAUGAUCCUGCUGGACGACAACUUUGCCUCCAUUGUCACAGGCGUGGAGGAGGGCCGCCUGAUCUUUGACAACCUGAAGAAAUCCAUUGCCUACACCCUGACCAGCAACAUUCCUGAGAUCACCCCCUUCCUGAUGUUCAUCAUUGUCAACAUCCCCCUCCCUCUGGGCACCGUGACCAUCCUCUGCAUUGACCUAGGCACAGACAUGGUCCCCGCCAUCUCCUUGGCCUAUGAGGCAGCCGAGAGUGACAUCAUGAAGCGGCAACCCAGAAACCCCCAGACAGACAAACUGGUGAACGAGAGGCUCAUCAGCAUGGCCUAUGGACAGAUUGGAAUGAUCCAGGCCCUGGGUGGCUUCUUCACCUACUUUGUGAUCCUGGCCGAGAACGGUUUCCUACCAUCACGGCUGCUGGGAAUCCGCCUAGACUGGGAUGACCGGUCCAGGAAUGACCUGGAGGACAGCUAUGGACAGGAGUGGACCUAUGAGCAGCGGAAGGUGGUGGAGUUCACGUGCCACACGGCCUUCUUUGCCAGCAUCGUGGUCGUACAGUGGGCUGACCUCAUCAUCUGCAAGACCCGCCGCAACUCAGUCUUCCAGCAGGGCAUGAAGAACAAGAUUCUGGUAUUUGGGCUCCUGGAGGAGACAGCGCUGGCUGCUUUUCUGUCUUACUGCCCAGGCAUGGGUGUAGCCCUCCGCAUGUACCCGCUCAAGGUCACUUGGUGGUUCUGUGCCUUCCCUUACAGUCUCCUCAUCUUCCUCUAUGACGAGGUCCGGAAGCUCAUCUUACGGCGAUAUCCUGGUGGCUGGGUGGAGAAGGAGACAUACUACUGAGGCCCUUGAAAGAAGAACCAGGCACAGGAAAGAUGGGGUGCCCUGGAGGUGUUGUAGGGAUGGUGAUGAAGAGGAAUGGAAAAAACUGAACAGUAUUUAUGGGGAAGAUUCAGGGAGAGAGAAUGAGGGAACCCAGCAGGCUAAGUUGGGGGGAGCAGGUAAAUAAAUUUGGGGUGAUUGCCCAAUUGACCUAAUUGUGAACAACCAGAUCAGACCCUACAUGUUAGGAUCCCUCCCUAGAUCCUGUCCCACCCACCCCACUACAUCGUGGAAUUGAGGGCGACUUCAGCCCUUCCCAUUCCCUAUCCCUUUACCCCUACCUCCUACUAGAACAGAUUGGUAUCCAAAGGCAGAGACCUGUCUAAACCCCAACCAAAAAACCAAACCCAUUGCCAUAGAUCCAACUCAUAUCAACGUUAUAGGACAGAGUAGAACUGCCCCACAGGGUUUCCAAGGAGUGGCUGGUGGAUUUGAACUGCUGACCUUUUGGUUAGCAGCUGGGCUCUUAACCACUGUGCCACCAGGAGAAGGGAAACCCUCUCGGAUCACUAAAUGUCCCUUUAUCUCUCCAGCCACACUCCACUUCCCACUUCCACCCCUCAUUCUCUUUCUGUUCAACCCGGUUGCCUUCGUUGCUUCCCCCUCAGACCUUGAAAUCACAAAGAGUUCCUCCUGGUGAAUGCCUGAGGCUGGAAAGGGAAGCUCCUUGGAUAGGCCAGGGUGUGUCUCCCAGUCAAGGCUAGUUAGAAACCUUGAAAGGAGAGCUGGGUAGCCACGUGGGAGGUCAGGGCACAGCUGAAGGAGGGAAACAAUGAAGGAAGAGAGACAGAAGAGGAGAGAGAUCGCGCCAAUGACAAGACAUCUGACAUAUCCUGAGCCUCCAGGUAGACACUGUGGACUCCAGCUCCGUGUCCUGCCCUUUUAGCAUACUCUGCCAGCAGACCAAAUUCAAUCUAGCAGAGUAGGAGCAGAGGCAGGGCCAGAAGGCAACCUGGGGACCUUCACUGAGAUUCCACACCCUUGUUGCCCUUGGUUAGCGGUUUGCUUGGUCUACAAGGCCGAUGUCACAGAAGCUCCUGCUGUCUCAAUCACAUGUGCUUGGUAUCACCACCCAUCCCCCCUUUAGAAUGCUAAGUCCUUGAAGUGACGUGUUUUUCCAAAAGGGAUAGCUGCCAGUUCAUUAUCAGCACCUUCCAGACUCUUCCCCUUCGUGCCCAUCCUUAUGAACCUACAUCCUUCCCAGGCACUGCCAAACCAGCCCUGGAAAAGGAGUUCCCUAGCUAUUGGCCAGAAUUGGGGUGGAAAACCUUAGGGAAUCUUCCGGCAUUCUAGGGACAUGCAGAAUCAGCCUAAAUCAUAAAUGUGGUGAGAAUCUUUGGGCAACAAGAGGGAAAACAUUGUUAGGAGACUUGCCCUUGACCUCUCAGAUGGCAGGGCUGUUUCUCCCAAGCUAAUGCCCUUCACUCUGAUGAUCACUGUGCCCAGUUUCCCUGAAAAGGGGAGAUACUUUUCCUUACUUGCCCCUCUCCAGCUAAUGCUUUUGCUUUACACACAGUUGUGCCCAUUCUCUAGGCCUGGCUUAGAAGACACUGAAAAUGUCCUGUAGAGAGAGUCCCAGAGAUGGGCCAAGCAAGUGAGAGAGAGACCUAAGGAAAAUGGACGACCUAAGGCAGAAAGGAAGGAAGGACAAAAGACAAACACAAGGUCAGGCCCAUAGAUAGCCCCAUAAGAGCUGUUAUUUCAUUGCACUGGAAUUUUACUUUAUCAGAAGUACCUUGAAAUAAGUGGGUCAUUGCCUUGGGUUUGGAAAUCUUAAUGGGAGACCAUACUAAUUUGGACCUGAUUAAUUUGAGGUUAUUAACUGGACAAAGUUUAUCUUUCUUUGCACAAUCAAUAAAAAUGGCAUUUGUUCAGUAAAUUAAGAGCAUAAACCAUAUUGCUAGCGGUGGCAUAUAUAGUCUACCUAAAAGAAAUGCUUUUCAAGCACUUUAGGAAUACCCAUUUACAAGUAGAAAAUGCAUGAGCUAAUUAUCAUUGAUCUUUAUGUAUUUGGUAAAGAAGCAUCUACAGGACUUUUACUUGGUGACCUUUUGUAAGACAUUAGUUUGAGGCACUACAUAUGUACUUGAAAAUAAUAAAGUUACAUUUCUUUAUGAAAAAAGAAAUCCUUCCCAUAAU